AUGCUUUUCCUUUGGGCAAUGGCAUUUGUUUUAGUCCUUCAGGAGCAAGAUCUUUUAGUUGCUGCAGACCCUGUCAGUGUGUUACCCGAAAGUCUGGGAAGAGAAAACUGGUGUAAUGAACAUCAGAUCCAUGAACGCCUAGAUAUUAUUGAAGAGAAGGUAAUAAAAACAGUGGAGCACCUAGAAUCAGAAGUCAAAUCGCUCCUCAACAUCAUCAGUGAGACGACAUCGAAAAUCCCCACCGUUCCAGGAACACCACUUAUAGACAUUUUUGAUGGUCAGUAUCUAGUUGGAUAUAACCUAAGCUGA